AUGCCAAACUCAGAUCCCGAAGCUAUGAAGGGUGCCUGGAAGUCCGGUGAAGUCGGCGCCAAAAUUGGCGAGUUGAUGCGGAAGCUUUGGGACCAACUCUCUCGCUUUGAGGACGCAAAAGGCAAAUACCCUAGACAGCUCGCACAGCAGUUAUCAGAGGAAUACCCCGGCUACAAUGUAGCUGUGUUUCACAACCAGUACUCUGAGUAUUAUUUCGUGAAUGGGGCUCAUUCUCAUCAUGAGUGCGAAGGUGGUUUGUUCGGAACUACCUUCGGAUAUGAAGCUUGGGUGUUCGAAUGUGGCUACCUUCGUAGAUAUGGUGAUGCAGGUUGGGAGAAUUGGACAUGCAAAGGGUGGCUUUGUAGUCCCGGUUCGGAGGAACAUGUUCUAUUUACCAACGGAACUGAGGAUCCGCAGACCUUUUGGGACCAUGGAAUGACCCACGGAAGGCCUAAUCUCGACUUUAUCAAGAAACACUGCAACGAAAUGACUACGAAAUAUUCAUCCGGCGGCUGGUGGGACUCCCAUGAAUACGGCUCUUAUAGCAAGGCUGAAGGCUCACUCCCGCCCAUUGUCCCCCCAAAAGAAGACCCGCCUGCUCCUAUUAACCCUGAUGAUCUAGAUCUUGAGAAUCAUCCGCACAAGCACCCCUGGGAUACUGGCAGGAUCGCUGCCCUCCCACCUCAAAAAAUAAUCCCACAAGAAUAA